AUGGAGGGGACUACAGAGAAGGAUUGUUCUCCUCUAUGGAGCCUUUAUCAGCAAAUAAUUGCGGAUAUGAAGAAUUGCGCACCGAUGUGGGAAGAAUUCAUAUCAAAGGCUACGAAACUUCACUCAGCGUUAAAGUCAGCUUUAGUAGCAGUAGCCGCGUUUCUAGAUGCUUUCCAGAAGAUAGCCGAUGCAGCAACGAAUGCAAGAGGUGUUUUAAAGUAG